AUGAGCAAAAGCAAAAGCAACAAUAACAACAAUAACAACAACAACAAUAACAAUAACAACACCACUACUUCUAGGAGCAGAGACACUUCAUUGGUGUAUGUUCCAUGGAUAGAAAACUAUGUGUUAUCGACAAAGUCACAACAGAUUCAGAUCAUCAAUGGUCGUAGAACAAUGGUUCAGUUGUUAACAAUGGACAAUAUAAACAAAUGCAACAACAAGAAUGCUGUGGAUACAUCUUCAUUAACACAAACUACAACGACCAGAGAUGAAGACUUGUAUCUCUCUGAUCAACAAUGUCAUAUCAAGGCUCGUUUUCAACCUAGUGCACAUACUAGUGUUGCAAAUCAUUUAGUUGGACAUGCACUUCUCAUUACAAAAGCAUCAAUUGGACUGAAUGCUUCAAGAACAGAGUUUAUAAUGAAUGUAGAAUCUUAUUCGAAACAUACUACAUCUCCACAACCAUUUAAAUCUCUACAUUUGGAUGAUGUAAAUUGUAGUACAUUGGUACUUUCUAAAUUAUUAAAGGAAUUAUUAAUGAAUCAAGUUGUGUCACCAAAAAGAAAAGAAUCUAAAAAAUUGGAUGCUGGAGAAAACCAAGAUGAAGAUCAAAUGGAUUAUACAACCAGUACGACUUCAACCACUUCAACAACUUCAACAACUUCAACAACUAAUACGAAUAUGGACCAACCAAAAUCUACUACAUCUAUCCCAACAACGGCGACGAAUGAUAUACCACCACCACCAACUACGAUACCAAAUAUUAUAUAUACAAAGAGUGAUCUAGAAUUUUAUAAAUUAGAUCCCAAGGAAAUGGUAGUGCCACCUGAUCAAUUGGAGAUUUUAGCGAAAAAGAAAUGGGGAUCAUGGGAUUUAGUUCAUGAAUUGGAAAGAUCCCAAACAAUACCAAAAAUACCAUCCACGCCUAUGGUAGAUAUGACAUUUCCAACUAAAAAACCUGCUCCAAAAACAGUUUCAUUUAAUUUACGAGCUCCUGUUAUUAAAAAAACAGAUACUACAUCAACUACAAAUAAUAAUAAUAAUCCAAAUAAUAAUAAUAAUAAUAAUCAAAAUAAUAAUACAAAUAAUAAUCCUGUAAAUAUAACCGAAAAUAACGUCAAACCAUCAUUACUAAGUGAUAAAAGAAAACUUCCAUCCUGUUUACCUAUUAGUAAACCACCUUUAACAAAACCGAUAACAUCUACAACGACAACAACAACUACAGCUAUUCAACCCGAUAAAUUCACAACAACCAUUUCAAAUGAUAUGGAUUUGAUUUUAGAAGAAGAAGAAGAACAAGACAUUUCUAAAGAUAAUCAACCAGUCAAAAAGACUAAAAAAGAUGAAAAUGAUAGUAGCAGCAGCAGUAGCAGCAGUAAAAUGAAUCUGGAUCAACCCUCAACAACGACAACAAUAACAGCAAAAAGCACAUCACCACCACUUCAAGAACAUCCAGAUUUUGUAGAGAUCUUUAUGGUUAAUGGUAAAAUUGAACAUCCUUCACCAUUGGUUAAAUUUGUACAGUCAUCAUCCAUGUCAAGCCAUCAAAAAGAUUUUGUUGUACGUACUUUGAUCAACAAUGAUAUUUUAACAUUGGAAUUUGCCUCCAAAAUGAAAGAAAGUGAUUGGGAACAAUUAAUUCCAGCAUUUGCACCAAGAAUCAUGUUGAUGGAAUUUAUUCAAAACAACAAAUAG